AUGUCUCCUCCUGUGUCUCUCCGCUUGGACCCAGAUCUCAUUGAUCCUGGCUGGGAUGCUCUACCCAACGAUGGGGGUGUCACUGGCGGGCUCUCGUUUGCUUCAACACAGAUACGCAAUAGCUGGAUUGUCAGACUUGAUUUCAGGCAAAAUUCGACACCGAAAGGAGAGCAGAGCCACGGAACUGGAUUCUAUAUCAAUAUCCCAGAUACCAGAGCCCACGUUAUUCUUACUGCUGCGCAUAAUCUUGUUGAUAAGGGGGGGAAGCGGUCUCAGGAUCUGCAGUUUUACGAUCCCUUCCAAGCGGCCAUUAUUAAGCCCGGAGAUCUGGACAUCUUUAUAUCCCCUUCAUAUAUGUCAAGUAUGCCACGGCCACAGACCGGAGCUGAUUUUGGAGCAAUCCGUGUGCCCAGCAGCACGUCCAAUCCUCGCGGGUUUGGGUUUUCUUUGAAACUUGCUGAAGAAAGACUGCGUGAUAAAAGCCUACAGGUUUGUGGAUUCCCCUCGGACUCGACUCGACCUGAACCAGAUACCAGCUCUGGGGAAUGCAAGCGCUCGGAUCCGACUAUCCUGGAAUACAAAAUAAACACGGCAAAAGGGUUCAGUGGGGCGCCAGUAUUCAUGCCGUUUAAGGACCAUGAUACGGUUGUUGGUAUUCACACAAACGGGAGUGAUCCUCGUUAUGGAAAUAGCAAGGCAUGCCGGGUUAAUGAGAGGGCCUUGGAGCAAAUCUUCCGCUGGUUAGGAGUAGGCUAUGAGAAGAAGGCUCUCAGAGUCUUUCCCUCCAAAGACGCUCCUCCUGAGGGUCUAUAUCUUCGUUUUCCCCCAUACGAGCGCUAUGGCUGGGUCCGCCUGGGAGAGAAAGGCCUUGAAACAACUUUUGAUAUCUUCCCAGCCUACGCACCCACAUCGAAUCUACCCCAAAAACCCACUUAUGUAUUUCGGUUCCGACAACCACGGGGAUGGCCUCAGGCCAGAAAGGACGAGCGAUGGGUACUCUGGGAUUUUGUGAGGGACGUCGUGACACUGACCGAUAAACUACAAGACUGCUGUUUCCCCCGUAUCGAGCCAAAAAAGAAAUCAAAGAAGAAUCCGACAAAUAAUUCCGAGGUGUUUCGUAUUGUGCUACCGAGUAAGGAUCCGGAUAACCCUGCGGGUAUAGGCUACCUUGUUGAAUUUUGCAUGAGGAACAAUAUGCUUAUACCAGAGGAUAUUGCGAUGGGGGAGAUGGAUACACCAGAGGUGGGGUUUGUGAGGCGUAAUAAACCUGUCAAGUUCACUGAUAUGUGUUUCGAAUGA